GGUAGGUAAUCAAAUAGGCGACCGACUCCACGUGUAAAUCCUUGUUCAAGAUUCUAUCAUGACCUGGGUACCUAGCACAUGGAAAUUUACUUUUUAUCUCGUAGUAGCGCGCCUCAUUGCGCCUGGAACAUAUCAAGAAGCCAUGUGAGGAUUGCAAUUAGGAUGAGAUUAGCGAAUUUAGUUCACGCGAAAGCCACGUUGCGGACGUUAGCCCGAUAUCGUUUUGAUCGUAUUCAUUGUUGCUUCUUGGGUAUUGGGUCUUCUGUCUUAGCCUUGGGGGCUGGAGUACGAUGGGGCCACUCAGAUAUCGUGGAGGUUAACGGAAAUGUGCAAUUGGCGAUUUCUACACUUUUCCGGGCACACCGAUGUCGUCAGCCCUAGUCCAAACCAACGGGCAGAGCCUCGGGCUUCUGGGAAUUGGGUUUUCCUAAUGAGCAAUCAUAAAAUCAAUCAGGCUCGCACUUCGAGGCAAGGGAGUUAACUUCCCACCUACUUACCUACUUCUUAUUCCCCGACCGACCGUCGUUCCAUCACCUUCAGCAACAGGAAAAGGAGGGUAUAUCGAAAGCAAAAUGUGGAGGACAUCACUCGCCUUAAAAGCCUUCUUAGGUUUACUCAUGAUCGAUUCUAUCAUCGAGUUGUCAUUCGUUAGCAGUAUGGUCGCAUGGUUACACCGGACAGCCUCUAAGGGAUUUACCGUCAACCAAGAUGGCACGACUUAUCUCCUCGCCGGAAAACCCCUAAACUUGAUGGGUGAUCAAGGCCACACGAGCAAUGGCGCCGCCGGAACCGCUUUUGUCCUCAUCGGACUCGGCGGCAUCGUGUCUCUCUGGCUCCGGUAUUGGGCUCGCAACAGAGGAGACGGGUUGGCGAACUUCGCUCGGUUCUUGUACUACCUCUGGGUAGGGCUUAACAUCCCGGCGCUGCUCCUCACAAUCGGCGCGCUCGCCUACGUAUUCGCGGUCACCAACGCGCACAACGGUCAGACGAUCGACCCCUCGCUAGCUGCAAGUCUAAACGGCAGUCCAUACCCCGAACAAGCUUGGACGCCGCAAAAUUGGUUCUCGGCAGUCCUCCAACUAGAUCUAGUCGAUGCGAGAAGCGAUAUCCAAAGCCAUCUUUCUGUUAUGAGGGGUUGGCAGUACAACUUAAUCCCGAUGUUCAUCACCCAGCUUGGUUUGACGAUUCUCGCCGUAUGGGAGUUCAUCACUUGGCGGAGACAGAAUAAUCAGUUCGUGGAGAAGUAAUAUCUAGGACAAGAUCGACAUUCACAUAGGAGUCUGCGGAGUUUAUUUUCUUUUUUUCGGAGUUCGGACGGAUGAUGGCGGCAUUUGGGGAAAAAGCUUCUUUUUCGUCUAAUUAACCUGAGAAACUAAUAGUAGUAGUCGGUCGCUAGCAUAGUUUCAAGAUACCCUCAAUAAUUCGCUAUGUAUCAAAAUUAAUUGACAAUCUCUAUAUCAAACCUUCAUUAGCUACUUCCGUUUUCUUUCUAAUACCGCGAUGACUUCUUAAAACCAACAAAUUGCUAAGUGGGAAAGCGGUAUCAUACCUAAUGCCAUC